AUGUCUUCUCUCCGGCAACCAAAUCCUUCAGGCGAUCCAAUUGCUCUUACCGUCGCCUCCGUCAACACCGGUUUGAGCUCUGAAGCCCCGAAGGAACCUCCCGUCACUGCCCAGCCGGAAGUUGUCGGAUUUGACGCCGAGUUCAGUCAAACAGCGGCGGCGGCACUCAACACCGCCCCAUCGUCUCCUCGAGCUUCCCCUCUUGAGCCGCCCUUCUUCCCAUCCCCUCUCACCUCAACCGCUACCUUGCCCAGCUCGAUCCCAACCCAAACCAUCCAGUCUGGCCCGAAUCAAACCCAGCCCGGUGUAUACCUAGUCCAACCCCUCCAGAACGGCCCGAACCCGGCCCAACCCGCCAAUUCAGCCUUUGGACCAUCCUACCUCUCGGCUGCCCAAAAAACAGUCCCACCCGAGCCCCUCUCCUAUGGCUCUAUUUCUCUAUCCAGCAGCAUUCCGGAGGUUCUCUUUUCCCCUCCGGAAGUUUCUAAAAUGUCGGAGGACCUCAAAUAUGCCCUCAUUGGCAAAUUCUCUUUCGGCAAGCCCUCCAACGAGGCUAUUCGGUCGAAACUCACUCUCUUGGGUUUUACCGGAUGCAAAAUUUUUUUCCUUCAUGCCAUUCACGUCUUGAUCAAAGUCGAUGAUCCAAACACGUCCACCAAACUUUGGUUGAAACGCAAAAUCUCUAUUCUUAAUUUUCCUAUGCGGAUUUUCAAGUGGUCCGCCGAUUUCGAUUUCAAAAAAGAACCACCUAUUGCCCCGGACAUGAUGACCAUUCGUCCCGCCAAAAUCAACAAGGGAAAAAACCCCCACAUUGAACCCUCUCCUCAUAUUUCUCCCCCUUCUUCUGCUCUUCCGAGCUCCGCUAGACCAUCUCUUGCCCUGGACCCGACUCCUUCGGACUUGAGACCUCUUAAUGGCAAGGCUCCACCCAACCCCUCCUUAUUAGGUCCGGUUCCUUCUCUGACCCAAAUCCCUGGGCCCUCCUCUUUCCUUGAAGCGGGACCAGGCAAUAUGCCUGACUCAUUGGACCCAGGUUCACCUAAGCCCAAUUAA